GCAUUGUUUUGCGUUGCUUUGAUACGCUAGUACCAAAACCUAUACAUAUAUGUAUGUCAGUAUGUAUAAUAUUAGUACACUUGAAAAAAAGGUGAAACAAACAUUUCUGAUUUCUUUAUCUUAGCUUCUUGCUUCCUUCCCCUCUCUCCCUCUCUCCCCCCUCCUUUCGUUUUUCACAUUACAACCAUCUUCUUCUCAGCUUCUCUCACCUCAUUCUCUCUCAUUUAAGUGAAUGAACUAAAAGAUCAAAACACAUAAUAGCAAUCACCUUUUCUCUCUGUGUGUUGGACUUUUUGUUUUCUUAUUUGUUCCAAAAGUAGCACACUUCUCCACCUCGAGACACUAUACAUCCCAAGAAAGAUUUCUUGUUCUUCUUUACUUUACGAAGAAUGGAGAAAGAGGGCAGCAGCAACAUCUUUUUCAGACCCAAUUGGGAGAAUUCAGUGGAUCAGAACGAUCCCUUCGAGUCCGCAUUGAGCUCCAUGGUCUCAUCUCCCACUGCUUCAAACAACAACAACAAUGGCGAGAACAUCGUUUUGCGAGAGCUGAUUGGCAGAUUAGGCAGCAUUUGCAAUUCCGGCGAGAUUUCGCCUUUCAAUGGAAACAACAACAACAACAACAGCAGUGCUAACACCUCUUGCUACAGCACCCCUCUCAAUUCCCCUCCCAAGCUCAACCUCUCCUCGAUCAUGAGAGACAGAGCCAAUCACUUUCUCUCUCUUCCCACCCUCGCUCCCUUCUCUGCUGAUCCAGCCUUUGCCGAGCGUGCCGCCAGAUUUUCUUGCUUCGCCAACAAGAAUUUCAAUGAACUCGAUCCCACUAAGAUUCCCCCGCCACCAACAGUUCAAGAAAACUGGGAAUCAAUUCAAGCUCCCGAGAAGAAUUUCAUGGCUUCCAGAUCUUCCACGCCGGAUAAUGCCGCGGAUUCGAGGGAGAAUUCCACGGUUUCCGAGCAGAUCCCACCUCCCGAAAAUGGCGGAAAUCCCAGAAAGAGAAAAUCGGCUCCCAAAGGAAAGGGGAAAGACACCACCACCACCGCCCCUGCUCCAAAUCUUGCCAAUGUUUCUGCAUCGGAGAAUAGCGAAUCCAGCGCCAAGAGAAGCAAAUCGGAAGAAGACAAGGCCAAUCAGAAGCCGUCCAAGGAUAAUUCGAAGCUUCCAGAACCUCCCAAGGACUAUAUCCAUGUCCGAGCUCGACGCGGCCAAGCUACAGACGCCCAUAGCCUCGCAGAAAGAGUUCGUAGAGAGAAGAUCAGUGAGAGGAUGAAAGCGCUACAAGAUCUUGUACCAGGUUGCAAUAAGGUGACUGGGAAAGCCGUUAUGCUUGAUGAGAUCAUUAAUUAUGUGCAGUCUUUACAGCGGCAAGUUGAGUUCCUUUCAAUGAAGCUGGCUACUGUGAAUCCAAGAAUGGAUUUCAACAUGGAAGCACUAAUGUCUAAGGAUAUGUUUCAGUCUCGUGGCUCGUUGCCUCAUGGCGUGUACUCAUCGGAUGGCUAUCCGUUUCAAUCUCAGUCGAUCCCAUGUGGGAACGAGGCGCCUUUCGCGCCUAGCAAUGCUGCAGCUAGAAACCAAAUGGAGAAUUUUGGUGAUGCUGCCUCUCAAGUUUCAUCGUUUUGGGAAGAUGAUCUGCAUAGCAUUGUGCAGAUGGGAUUUGGCCAGAUGCAAAAUUUUCAAGGGAUUCUUCCCACUGCUCAAAUGAAAGUUGAGCUAUAAUGGAUUCAUACACCAUUCUUAAUUUCUAUUCAAUUUGAGGCCCCAAGUGAGAGUGGCUUCUGUAUAUAGUGGGAAAAAACUGUUAGCUUUUUUGAAGCUAUAGAAAUGGUGACAGAAAAUGGAGCCUUCCCCCUUGUUUGUAUUUUGAUAUGAUUAUCAAUUUUUUUGGAAGGAAUGUGAAAUCAACAAAACUAAUUAGAGCACCAGAAUGUGAAAGUCAAAUCAAAUGUAACAUGUCUUGUUAUUAUUCUUUUGUGUUUCUUAACAAGUGUGUUUAAGGGUUGAUGUAGAGACAAGACAAUCAAUCUUCCAUGUAAUAAUUCUUUUAAUUUCCUCCUAGUGGAGAAGAAGAAUUUAUGAUUAA